UCCCCAGUCCCCACCCGCCCCACUGUGACACUGACACCGUUCGAAGCAAAAAGAGCGAACACGAGCACGAACACAAGCGCAGAGCAGCCAAGCGCCACACACACGCCGACGCGAACCAACCAACCAGCUGGUAGUAGGUUCGCCGCGCUGACGAUGAUGCCUCGCCGCGCCCUUCUCUUCGCCGCGGUGCUCCUCGCGGCCUCCGCCGCCGCGGUCUCCGGGUUCCACCUGGGAGGGGACGAGAGCGGUCUCGUGAGGGGUGUGCUCGCCGCGCUCCGCGAGCGAGCCGAGGCCGAGGACGCCGCUCGCUUCGCCGUCGCCCACUACAACAAGAACCAGGGCGCCGCUUUGGAGUUUACUAGGGUGCUCAAAUCCAAGCGGCAGGUGGUGACCGGGACCCUGCAUGACCUGAUACUGGAGGCAGCUGAUGCUGGAAAAAAGAGUGUGUACAGAGCAAAGGUUUGGGUGAAGCCGUGGGAAGAUUUCAAGUCUGUCGUUGAGUUUCGCCUUGUUGGAGACUCUGAAUCUGAACCCGAGCCUUCUGUUGCUUCUGAUGUUAGCUCUGGGCAAGCAAUUGCCAAACUCUCUCUUGAAGCAGAUAUUGUACAAGAAGAGGCUCGCCUGCACACCAUUGAGAAUGAUGGGCUUUCCGGCGAUUUCACAUCAUCAUCUUAGGCAUACGAAGUUUUGUUAAGAAACUAAAUAGCAGGAAGCACACACCUAUGCCAGACACUCCUCGUUCCACAAGACAGCAUUUGCAUCAUGCAGUGCUUAACAUAGCCAUAUCUCAUUCGCAGUGUUUGUUUAUCUUGUAAUACUAUGUGGAAAAACAGUGGCAUAGCUCAGGAAUCUAGGCCACAAUCAAAUCCUUUUCAGGAACCAGGUGAUAUCCAAUGCUUUGAUGAACAAUAGAUGUUUAUGUGUGGUGUGCUGCGGUUGUAUCAGUCCUCAGAAAAGAACUUCCCUUUUUUAGGACCAACUGGACUCUUAUCUCUGUCUGUUUAUUUGCUUUCUGAUGCAUACAUCAUAAAUUGGUA